AUGGCUACCACAGCUCUGACUGGGUUCUCCAUGAUGAGCCUGCUCAGCCUCGGGUACCUGACCUGGGACCUGAUGGGACCAAAUCAGGUGGAGAAUGAGCCUCCUGUCGAGACUUUCCGGGAGCCUUCUACACGGCCGCCGCACAUUCUUUUUAUCAUGACGGACGAUCAAGGAUUCAACGACAUCGGCUACCACAGCUCGGACAUACGGACGCCAACGCUGGACAAGCUGGCGGCAGAUGGAGUGAAGCUGGAGAACUACUACAUCCAGCCCAUCUGCACACCAUCACGCAGCCAGCUCAUCACAGGCCGGUACCAGAUUCACACAGGCCUGCAACACUCCAUCAUUCGACCCCGCCAGCCAAACUGCCUCCCGUUCGACCAAGUCACCCUCCCACAGAGGCUGCAGGAGCUCGGAUACUCCACCCACAUGGUGGGCAAGUGGCACUUGGGCUUCUACAAGAAAGAGUGCUUACCGACCCGCCGCGGCUUUGACACCUAUUUCGGUUCUCUCACAGGCAGUGUGAACUACUACACCUACCAUGCCUGUGACGGCCCCGGGUUGUGUGGCUUCGACCUCCACGAGGGAGAGGCGGUAGCCUGGGGUCAGGACGGGAAAUACUCCACCCAUCUUUACACACAGAGAGUCCGAAAGAUCCUGGCGACCCACAAUCCUCAAUCUCAGCCGCUGUUCAUCUACCUUUCCUUCCAAGCGGUUCACACGCCGCUGCAGUCGCCGCAGGAGUACAUCUACCCCUACAGAGGUUUGGAGAACGUGGCACGCCGGCGCUACGCGGCGAUGGUCUCUGCGGUGGACGAGGCUGUCCACAAUAUAACCUACGCUCUUCGCAAGUACGGUUACUACCAAAACAGUGUGAUGAUCUUCUCUACUGAUAACGGGGGUCAACCAUUGUCUGGGGGAAGCAACUGGCCGCUGAGAGGUCGCAAAGGAACCUACUGGGAAGGUGGGAUUCGAGGACUUGGGUUUGUCCACAGUCCUCUACUGAGGAAAAAGAGGAGAGUGAGCAAAGCUCUGGUGCACAUCACCGACUGGUACCCAACUCUCGUGGGUUUGGCUGGAGGAAGUGAAUCUCUGACCAAAGGAGUGGAUGGCUUCGACGUCUGGAAGGCCAUCAGUGAAGGAAAGGAGUCGCCCCGACUGGAGAUUCUCCACAACAUUGACCCUCUCUACAACCACGCACGCACUGGCUCGCUGCAGAGAGGGUUUGGGAUCUGGAAUACUGCUGUUCAAGCAGCGAUCCGAGCUGGAGACUGGAAACUUCUGACUGGAGAUCCAGGCUACGGCGACUGGACACCUCCACCGAUGCUCCCCGGUUUCCCCGGGAGCUGGUGGACCCUGGAGAGACACACUAAACCACGGCAAUCCGUCUGGCUUUUUAACAUCUCCAGAGACCCGUACGAGCGGUUCGACCUGUCCCAGCAGAGGCCGGAUGUGGUCAAACAACUGAUGGCCCGGCUGGUGUACUACAACCGCACUGCUGUACCAGUCCGCUACCCCUCAGAGGACGCCCGGGCUCACCCUGACCUGAAUGGAGGUGCGUGGGUACCAUGGGUGGGGGAUGAGGAAGAGGAGAGUUGGGAUAACAUGUAUCCGAAAAAGAGCAAGGAUUCAAAGAGGAAGCACAAAUUGUCAAAGAGCAGGUCGUUUUUUAGGAGACUCAACACCAGAAUCAUGUCCAACAGAAUAUGA